GUGUUAUGAGCCCUUGGGAUCUUUUGAUCUGCUUAUCUUCCAGAAAAAAUGAUGGUACUGGAUGCAUUCAAAUAGAAGACUUGCAUCAUCUAGAGCUAUUCCAGAAGGUAAACCUACUUCCAGAAAUCCAGCAUUUCCUUUGCAGAAAAGAAGGAUUAUGCCAGAUAACAAAAGCCUUUUCAGAUCUGCAGCUCCCUGUUGUCACCCCAGAGUGUUCUGGCCAGCUUGGGAUGUCAAGGGCCAGCGCCGCAAGCAACGUGUCCCAGGGCAGCAAAAGCACUGACAAGACACAUGGUUCCCAUCUAAGGUACUAGUAGAAGCAGAGCGGGAGUGCAUAGCUGAAUCAUGUAUCAGCUUCACCAGACCACAAGGACAUCCUUAAAGCUCAAGACCUUUCUGUCAUCAUAAAAGCAUAUGUGCUUGUGACAUCCUUAACACCUCUGCGAGCAUUCAUUCAUUCAACCACCACUGUCUGGCAUCCACCCAAGAAGAAGCACUUUUCUGUAAAGCUGCAAAGGUUUUUUGAGAUAUUCUUCAAAAGCAGUUCUCCCCAACAAGCCUUCAACAACAUGAAGGAAGCUAUAAGCAAACUUCUACUUAUAACUGAGGUCUUCAGUGAAUCAUCUGCCUCAGGACCAAAUCAAUGCAGCCAAUGUUUUCAAAUGCUAACCUUUGACAUUGGAUUCGGCACCUCCAUAUACCCAGUGGUUCUUAAGGUGCAUGAAAACUUUGACUUUCAAGGUGAGGAUGAAUCAAAUAUUCAGGACCAAACUUUGAAAGAAUUGCUUUUUGAAGACACUUUUAAUUUUCUCCUAUCUAAUGAAUCCUCAACAACCAGUUUCAUAGAAGCUUUACAAAAAAUAUAUGGAUCAGCUCUGAGUAAGGAUGGAACUUACCACAGAGAAGAUGAGCAAUGUUUGUCUUUAGAAGAGAUAAAUUCAAUGAUUACUUUCAUAAAGGAGAUGAAGAGUCUUGGACAAUUUGAGCUGCUUUUCCCUUCUGCUGCGCCCCAGAUUCAAACUUUACUGCACGACAUUUAUCACAUGGUGGACCCAAUGAGACAACUUGGUUCAGUCCUGACAGUGCAUUGGUUGAUUUCCAGUUUACUUGAACAAUUCCAGUCCAUGACUAAAGAGGCACAAACAAAUCCUUCAGAAGGGAGAAGCAAGAACUCUAGAAACUCAUCUCAAUCUAUAAUGAAAUGGUUACAGCCUAGGAAUUCUUCUCAAGAAAAUGCGAGUCCUAAGCAGAAUGUUCCUUCUGAUUUCAGGAAGAAUCAUGAUGUGUUGCCUUAUUCCAGUAAGAUGAAAGAAAGACAAUGCAAUUAUGAUAAAGAUACCCUAUCUCAUAUCAGGCAGAUCUUCACCAGUCCACAGCUGGACCUGAAUCCUCAAUUUAACCCAAAGAUCAAAGAAUACUAUGCAGAAGUCCCAUUCGACAUGGUGACAGUGAAGAUAGGAGCAGAACCUUCUAACUGUCAAUGCCAAGUACACCUUGAAGAGAAGAAAGGGCCAAGCAUUGCUAACUACCCCCUUGGCCUUGGAUUGAACAAAGUCAUUGUUCUCGUAACAGAUGAUUCUCAGCCCAGCCCUCAGGUUGUGAGCAGCUACAAAAUCACAAUAUAUCGAGAGGACCGCCCUAGUCUGCCUUUGUUUGAUGACUACAUGAUGUGUGGGUUUGUGCAG